CUUGUAUUCAAAACUUUUAUACUGUCUUCGGUCCCUUCGUCGACUUCCCGAGCCCUUCGGAAAAGUUUUCGAAUUUUGGUUUUCCGAUCACCGAUUUUGCACGGUCGCGAUGACUCGAGGCUCCUAGAAAAAAUUUUAUCAAAAACUCCUUGUUUGCAUCCGCUGUGGAACGAGCAAACGGUCCGGGAUGUCCGAACAUUCGACAACGUUGGUGACGAUCAACGAAGAGUUGGGCGACAACUUCGACAACUUGAUCGACAGAUGCACGGAAUACCGACUGGUUCUUCUGAAGCAAAAUCGUGACGUUACCGAGCAAAUCAAGUCCCGAGUGCUCGGAGGGAAUUCGUGUAUGGCCAAACUCCUGAGCCAAGUGCGCGACCAACGACAAGCAGUGGUUUCGCUGAGAACAGAUGUAGAACUAUUAAAAUCGAAGUACGCAAAGUUUAAGCAAGAAACUGAGAAUGUCAGGAGCGUGUUUCAAAAGUUAAUAGAAGAUUUGAAAUUCAAAUGCAACCGAAUGAUAUACUUCUCUUGUCUUCAAUGUGUGUCGUCUGAAAGUAAUAAAAUAAGAACGAAUUUGAUGAGUAGACGUGAUAAUGAAGCUGUUAUGUCGUAUCAAGCUUUAUGUGAAUUAAGUCUUGUUAUGAAUACGAUGCCUUGUAAACAUUUAGUUUCCUUCAUAAACAAAGUGAUAAAUUAUUGGCACUGUAUACUUGAACGAUAUUUUUCAGAGGAUUUUGAAAUUAUAUUAAAACAAAUUAAUUGGCCAUUUACAAUGACUGAACCAAACGAUAAUGCUAAAUUAGAUAACUUAAAACAAAGCUUUCAACGUUUAGCCAGUUUUUUGAUAAAGGUUCAACUUCCUAAAAAUGAUUAUAUUGAUAUAAAUGAACAAUCACAAACAUCAUUGUUGAUGGAACAUUUUACUCAUAUAAGCAUUCCAAUCACCAAGUUAAUAGUACCUUUUAGAAAGAGAUUUUUUUUUCAUUUUACUGGAAAAAAACAAACCAACAGACCAGAUAAACCUGAAUGGUUUUUAUCUAGAAUAUUAAGUUGGAUCAGAGACUAUAGAGAAUUUAUGAUGGAUUGGUUGGGUCCAGUAUAUAAAGAAAAUGACAAAAGACUAGCUGAUUCUCAAGUAGUUAAUCUUUUAUUGGUUUAUUUCGUUGCUUGUGGUUAUUUUUUUUUGUUUCUAUUUUUGAUUCUACAGCAUGAGUUUAUAAUAGGACUGUUGCAGUCUGUUGUAAUUAAACUUGAUACAGAUUUAUCACAUUUUCAACUAGAAGAUGUGGUUUUUUCUCAUAUUGUAGAUGAAACGCUGGCAUUUGAACAUGAGCUAAGAAAAGUUUAUAAUUAUCCCAAUGAUUAUCCAAGUGUUACUGAAGUUUUAACUCAAGCACAUAUAUUUUUUAAAUGGAUUAAUAUGGAGCGAAAAUAUGCUUAUAUAAAAAUGGAUGAUAUUCUACAGAAUAAAGAUCAGUGGAAGGUCUUAGUUGUUGAUAGUCAUUAUUGUAUGACAGCAUGUGCAGAUAGCUUUUUAACAUUGUUAAACACCAUGAGUGAUCGAUACAAUAUACUUCGCCAACCAAGACAUAAGCUUCAAUUUUUAAAAUUGCAAACUGAUCUCUUGGAAGAAUUUAAACAAAAAAUUAUUGGAGAUGAAAAUCAAUCCUAUGAAUAUUUAACAGAAAUUUUAUGUACACUACAUUAUAUUUCAUACAUAUUAUAUAAUUGGGGAACUAAUAUGCACUUUUUGUCUUUAUUGAACUAUAAAUGUGAAUUAGAAAUUGAAGUUAGAACAAGGAGUGAAAGUGAACGGACAGAUGUAUUGGAAACUGCAGAAACAGUAUUUGAUGAUUCCAUUAGAUCAUACAAUUUGAGUAUUGAUAAUUUAUUAAAUAUUCAAUGCGAAGAUAUCAUGACUGAAGUUAAACGAAGUGCAAAACAAUAUAAACGUGAUAAAUGGCAUAUAAUGAGUUCCAUAACUGAUGAAAGCAAGUACAGUAUUACAGAUAGCGGUUGGAUUAUGUAUGAAACAUUUACAAAAAAUUUAAAUACAUUAAAUAAAAGUAUUCCGAUUUCUUUGUUCAAUAAAUGUUGGCCAAUAUUAGCUUCCAAAUUAUCAACGUUUAUUUUUAACGAUAUUUUGUUGGCUAAUAUGUUCAACAAGGGCGGGGCACAACAUCUUCUGUGUGAUGUACGAUAUAAACUUCUUCCUAUAUUUUCAAAAUAUACUGCUAAACCUAGUAUUUAUAUUGAUCGGUUAUUGGAAGCUUGCAGAGUUCUAUGUUUUGAACCUAAUUUUAAACCAGUUACAUUAACUCAGAAUGAAGUUUCAGAAAUAUUACUUCGACGAAUUGAACAUGGAAAUUCAUUUGAAAUUGAGUGAAUUUAUGAUGAUUUGAUAUUUAUUACAUUAUAAACAACUUUAAGAUGUAUUUGCAUAAUAUAAAAAGUAUAUUGUGUGGCAAGGGCGAGGAAGUAAGCUAUUUCAGUCGUGGGUGACGUUUUCCGCGUUUCGCCCAAGACCGAUAGGUAAUGCAGGGACCUGUGCAACAACAGACUGUUAUACGAAAAUGGACGAAAUGUUAUUACCCGUGUAACGCUCAACGCGCUUGUGCACGAACAGUGAAAACAAAUUAUGUUUAAAUGUUUAUGCAUCGUUUAGGCAAUGAGAUUACAGUAUGAUUACAAGAUUUAACCAAAAGUUUACGUUUUGUAAGAACAUUUCAGGUUUUUGGAAAUCGCGGCCCAGCACUCUUUGGGAUUUUCACUUCACCACUCGCUGGACGAAAAAAUAAUGCUUCAACCGCGGUCGAAAACCUAACACUCGGCGCAGGCGUGAUCAAAAAUAUGUGUAUCGUAUGACAUUGACAUUUGAUCGGUUUACUUCAUAGUAUUGAAAAGGAUAUAUUUAACUCGUGGACCAUUCGCAUAUAUUAGUAAGUAUAUCGUACGUACAGUACCGUUAGAGUUCAUAAGAUUUUCUUAAUACUAAUUUUCCACUUUCUUUUUUUCAACUUUUUUUCGGCGCAUUACGAGUAUAUUAUACGGAUUUGAUCGUGCGUAUGGAAAUAUUAUGUUAUAACGCCACACAGUGAGAAUCGUCUAAAAAAAUCCACGGGCGUGGCGGUAAAAUCACCGUGUAACAGGAAAUCGCCUAACGCUUUUAAACUAUACAUGCUGUGGAAUUUUAUGAAUAUUGCACAGUGUAUAUUAUAUUAAUUCAACGAUGUAGGCACCCACGGUUGUGUACGGAUAGCCGAUAAAUGUUUUCGAUACAGUAUGCCAACGAUGUACGUACCAGUAUUACCUUCGUUUACCUAUAAUUGAGCGUAGCAAGUGUAGUGUGCGGUGUGGUAAAACGUGGGCUCCGAAAACCGGUGGCAAAAUGCCGAAAUUACAGGUCGAACUGUUUAAAUAUUACACAUGUAGAUGUGUGGGUCUGACGGUUUUCUUGCCACUACGUGGUAAACUGAUUCGAGUGGUUUUUAAUAAUAUUUUAAUGCGUAUCAAUAAUGUUUGUUUGCUACUCUUGAAAUAUUCUUAUAUCACGGCUCCAUAAUAAUCAUGUAUGACUAUACUCGAUAAUAACACGCAGCUCAUUGUUUUAGAUUUUGAGUGAAACGAGAAAUGUAUUAGUUCAACCAUGAUGUGUGUUUUCUUUUUUGGGUCUGCGUACACGAUUUCGACCAAAAAAUGUGCUCCGAUCAUUAUCAAAUAGAGUAAAAGAUCGGAAAUAGAUAUAAGUUUGCUCUUUCGGGGAUUCAUUUUUCGAAUUUCUCAACAGUUUUCUUAAUAAUUGCGAAAAACUGACAAAAAGUUAUAAAUAUACGGUAAAAUUUACGGUGUACCGAUUUUUAAAAAAUUGAAUUUUUAUUUUUUUCGUAACUCAAAAAAUAAUAACCGUACAGAUAUGAAAUUUUCACUGAAUAACACUAUUU